AUGCUCAAUUCACGCCGUGCUUUGGCCGCGGCUGCCGUCGUUUUGACAAUCUUCUUCCUUGUUUUCCGUUCACACAGUUCCAGCAAUGUCGGUCAGGCUCAGGCUGCCGGCAACCCAGCCAAAUCCAAGCCCGAGACUGCCAACAGCAAGCGAGCUGUGGCACAAAAGCCCGUGAUGGACAUGUCACACAUGUCGACGUACGACAAGCUUUCGUACGCAUACCCUUACGACAUCGAGUCAAAGUUUCCAGCCUACAUUUGGCAGACGUGGAAAACGACGCCGGCCGAUAGCGAUUUCCAGUUCCGAGAUCAGGAGGCGUCCUGGACCUAUCAGCACCCGGGCUUCGUGCACGAAGUUGUAACCGAUGACGUCGCCGUCAGUAUGCUCAACCUCUUCUACGCAUCUGUUCCCGAAGUGGUUGAGGCCUAUCAAGCGCUUCCCCUUGCCGUCUUGAAAGCCGACCUGUUUCGCUACCUCAUACUCUUCGCUCGCGGCGGCAUAUACUCCGACAUUGAUACCUACGCCAUCAGAAGCGCCUUGGAAUGGGUUCCUUCGCACAUUCCCCGGCAGACUAUUGGUCUCGUCAUUGGCAUCGAGGCCGACCCCGAUCGUCCUGACUGGGCCGAUUGGUACAGUCGUCGCAUUCAGUUUUGCCAGUGGACCAUUCAAAGCAAGCCCGGCCACCCUGUGCUGCGCGACGUCAUCACGAGAAUAACCGACAAGACGCUCGCGUUGAAGAAGAAGGGCAAGCUUUCGUCCAUUGUGGGCAGGGACGUCGUGGAUCUCACCGGUCCCGCCCUGUGGACCGAUACCGUGAUGGACUAUCUGAACGACGCGAGGUUCUUUGACGUGAAGAACAGCCAGGGCAAAAUCGACUGGCACAAUUUUACGGGCAUGGAAAAUAGCAAGCGCGUGGGUGACGUGAUUGUCCUGCCCAUCACCAGCUUCUCUCCCGGCGUCGAGCAAAUGGGAGCCAAGGAUUACGACGACCCGAUGGCAUUUGUUAAGCAUGAUUUCGAGGGCACCUGGAAACCGGAAAGCGAGAGACAUAUCGGCGAGAAAAAGGAAGAGGAGCAAAAGGAGCAAGGGGAGCUUCAAUAG